UUGGCUUCAUCUUCUAAUAAAUAAUAAGAGCGUUCUUUAUAAACCCCGAAACAGAGGGAGGGAGCCAACGCUGAAACAUUACUGGAGUUGACUGGUCCAUCAACGAGGGAGAAGAAGAGGAAAAAAAAUGGUGGUGAAGGUGUUCGGGCCUGAUUGCGGAAACCCCAAGCGGGUGCUGGUGUGCCUGAUUGAGAAGGGCGUCGAGUUCGAGACCGUCCCUCUCGAUCUCUUCAAGGGCGAGAACAGAGCCCCUGAAUUCCUCAAGCUCCAGCCCUUCGGAUCAGUCCCUGUGAUUCAAGAUGGAGACUAUACUCUGUUCGAAUCGCGGGCCAUAGCAAGAUAUUAUGCCGAGAAAUACAAGCACCAAGGGACCGACCUGCUGGGGAGGACGAUAGAGGAAAGGGGGCUCGUCGAGCAGUGGCUCGAAGUCGAGGCCCAGAGCUACAACCCGCCGAUCAAUGACCUCGCCCGCAAAAUCGUUGUGGGCCCAUUAAGGGGACUUACCCCAGAUCCGAAGCUGAUUAAAGAGAACGAGGAGAAGCUCGGUAAGGUGCUGGACGUCUACGAGGAGAGGCUGUCGAAGAGCAAGUACCUGGCGGGGGAUUUUUUCAGCCUCGCCGACCUGAGCCACCUCCCGAUGACGCAGUACUUGGUGGGGAAAAUGGAAAAGGAGUACUUGAUAAGGGACCGAAAGAAUGUAAGUGCGUGGUGGAAUGAUAUGUCGAGCAGGCCUUCUUGGAAGAAGGUCGUCGAGCUCUGGCCCGGUCUAUAUUAGGACCGUCUUGUAAGGCGUGCCGGAUGCACCCAGGCCCUUGGUCCAUGCCGAAGGAGGAGUCACUUUCCGUGGACUAGUGAGUCUCUCUGUGCCUAAUUAGUAUGUUACUACUCGAACCCGGUCGGCGAAUCUAGAGGAUCGAAUAAGCUUUUGUCG